AAACCGGCGGCGCGGAAACUGAAACAGCACAUUCGCGGGAAACGGCUCAUGCGUCAUAACUAAGAAACUUUCUAAGCGGAAAUAUUUUAAUGUUAAAGCAACAUUGACCUUAAACUUAGUUUUAAUUACGCGCUCGUGAAACCUUCCGUGUGAACUGCAUUUUAACUUGAAAAGAAAGUGCCCUUCUUAAUGACAAGCGAAGGCAUAACAGUUGUUAAAAAAAAACCCGACCCAAACACAGAUUCACGCAAUACACUUAUUCUGGUAGGCAGCGGCUUGGCUCUGCCCCUGGCAUUGCUGACGUCCAUGCGCGACGGUGACCACUUACCAUCAGAUUAGCCGUAUGCUCGUCUGCCUACAAAGGGAAUAAAAAAAAAUGUUCUUCUUCUUCCCAGCGUUUUCAUCAGGGUUCGCUUUCCUACUAAAACUCCUCCAAACAUAAACUUCUCGCGAUACACUACAAAAACAAAGAACAGAAUCAUUACAUUCCAACAUCGACCAGUUGUGUUUCAUAAAGAUUCGAAUUACAAAAUUUAUGCAUCAUGUUAAGAAUAAAAACGGUAAUCUUCGCGUUCGAAGACACUAGAACGUUCGCAAUACGACGACCGUUCCCAGCGAACGACGCAACCUCGCAUUUACUUACAUAAUGCAAUUGCAAAACAGCAAUCGUUCUAUACAACACUCGCACUAGCAGUCUACUAGUGCUAACUGGCGACGCGACAAAAAAUCAUCUAUCGAAACCGUACCUUAAAUCCUUGAAGGGCCCAUAUUAUUGACUGCACGUAGCCGAUCUUGAGCAUUCCGACAGACGAGCGUGCGAUAAAAUCACCAGUGAAGGAAGUAAACGCAAAAGAAGAUUAAAUGAACUAUGGCUUGCUAUGAACAGUUAUCGAUUUUAGUGCUGUGCAUUUGUUUACACCGUUCUCUACAGUUGAUUCCGUUGCCGGAAUACAUACAUCCUUGCGCUGAGCUGAGCGACGAGUGCUUCACCAAAGCGACCCUCGAUGCCAUACCAGGGAUAGUCAAGGGCAUCCCUGAGGCUGGGAUCCCGCCCCUAGAUCCCUUAUACUUGGACAAAAACAUCAGUAUUGUUCUACCGGGGAAUUUGAGGAUGACCUUUCACAAUGCGAAACUCGUUGGGCUGAGUUCAUGUGUGCCAGAUAAAGUGUCUUCUCUUCGCGACAAACGCUUGUUUAUAUUUGACAUGCACUGCAAUUUCACCAUACGCGGAGUCUACAGUCUGCUCGGGAGGCUGCUAUUGUUCAAUCUUGACACUGAAGGGGGAGCUAAGGUUAAAAUCUGGAACCAACAUAUUCGUUUAGAGGUUGCUGAGAGAGUUGUGAUCAAUGAAAAAGGCGAGGGGCAUUACAAGAUCAACUCGUACCAAUACAAGGCAGAUUACGGCACCGAUCUCAAACUGAACUUGACGAACUUAAUUCGAGGGAAUCCUGAAAUAAGUGCGAACAUUUUGAAAGUCUUGAACUCAGACUCGCAAGCGUUCGCUCAAGAAUUCGGCGGCCCGAUCCUUGAUUACGCGAUAGACUACGCCAUGAACGUAACGCAGCGAUUCUUCGACGCAUUCACAUACGACCAGCUGACGCAAGUUCCAUUAACAGAUGACUUCUUCGAGAAAGAAUAAAAUAAAUAAAUA